AACUGCGUUGUUUGCGAUGGCGUCUCGUACAAGAAUAGCAGAGUGGAAAGCAUUGGAAGAGCACUACAGACAGGCGUCAACGUGGCAUAUGCGUGACAUGUUUGCUAAAGAUCCGCAGCGCUUCGAGCAAUUCCAUGCUGUCCUUUCAACUGCUCAUGGCCAACUUCUUCUUGACUAUUCGAAGAAUAUUGUCAGCAAGGAUACCAUGCAACUGUUGUUCAAUCUGGCUCGUGCUUGUAAUGUGGAAGGCAUGAGAGACAAAAUGUUUAAUGGUGACAAGAUCAACUUUACUGAGGAUCGUGCUGUUCUUCAUACUGCACUGCGGAACAGAGCGAACACCCCAAUUGUAGUGGAUGGUCAUGAUGUGAUGCCUGAUGUGAAUGCAGCAUUAGAUCAUAUGAGAGACUUCUCUGCAAAUGUAAGAAGUGGAGCUUGGACAGGGUUUACUGGAGAAGCUAUUACUGACAUAGUUAACAUUGGCAUUGGUGGCUCUGAUUUGGGUCCACUGAUGGUUACAGAAGCUCUGAAACCAUAUGGAGACAAACUUAAAGUCCAUUUUGUAUCAAACAUAGAUGGCACUCACUUGGCUAAGACACUGGCUAAUCUGAGUCCACAGACAACACUGUUUGUUGUAGCUUCUAAGACAUUCACAACAUUGGAGACGAUUACAAAUGCAACUUCUGCGAAGAAAUGGCUGCUAGAUGCUGCAAAAGAUCCUGCGGCCGUUGCCAAACAUUUUGUGGCCCUUUCUACAAAUACCGCUAAAGUGAAGGAAUUUGGCAUCAAAGAAGAGAACAUGUUUGUUUUUUGGGAUUGGGUUGGUGGUCGAUACUCAUUGUGGUCGUCCAUUGGUCUUACUAUUGCUCUUUACAUUGGUAUGGAGAAUUUUGAGCAGCUCUUGGAUGGUGCCUUUGCUAUGGACCAGCACUUCAAGACCGCUCCUUUGGAUGAGAAUAUUCCAGUUCUUCUUGGAUUGCUUGGUGUGUGGUACAAUAAUUUCUUUGGUGCUCAGUCACAUGCCAUCCUGCCGUAUGACCAAUACUUGCACAGAUUUGCUGCAUAUUUUCAGCAGGGUGAUAUGGAGUCAAAUGGCAAGUCAGUGAGUUGUAGUGGGGACUUCUGUGAUUACUCUACCGGUCCGAUUGUGUGGGGAGAACCUGGAACGAACGGGCAACAUGCAUUUUACCAACUUAUACAUCAGGGCAAAAAGGUUAUUCCAGCUGACUUUAUUGCACCCGUGGAAACACACCAUCCUAUUGCUGCAGGAAUCCAUCACCAGAUCUUGUUGGCUAACUUCUUGGCACAGACAGAGGCACUAAUGAAGGGUAAGACUAUGGAUGAAGCAAGACAAGAAUUACAGAAAUCAGGAGUCAGUGGUGAUCGACUCCAAAAGAUUCUUCCUCACAAGUUCUUUGCAGGAAACAAGCCAACCAAUUCUAUUGUGAUUCAGAAGCUGACACCGUUUACAUUGGGAUUAAUAAUUGCUAUGUAUGAACAGAAGGUGUUCACACAAGGAGUCAUCUGGGACAUCAAUUCAUUUGAUCAGUGGGGAGUUGAACUGGGCAAGCAACUUGCUAAAGUCAUUCAACCAGAGCUGGCUCAGCCUGGUGAGGUCACAAGUCACGAUUCCUCAACUAAUGGCCUUAUCAACUACAUCAAGAAGCACAAUCAGAGCUGGUGACCUCUUAAAUUUGAAAUGACUAAACCAAUAUGAAUGAGCAAAAAUAGCCGGAAUAGUAGCAACAUGUGUGAUUUUAAUGUGUUUUGAGUGGUAUGUUUCUGAAGCUCUUCUAUGAUGAACAGCUGUGAAUUUAAACAUUGAA